GUGACAAUUAAAAUCGACUUUGACUUGGCACCAGGUUCCUUUGAUGAUCAGUACCAAGGUUGUAGUAAACAGGUCAUGGAGAAAUUAAAUCAAGGAGAUUAUUUCACAAAAGACCUAGAAGCCCAUAAGAACUACUUCGGGGCGUGGCAGAAAGCUCACUUAACCUGGAGGAACCAAGAACACGCUUUCCCCAUGAACUUGACUACACCACAUGCUGUGGCUCUCUUGGUUUAUAUAUUGAACGGCAGCGUUCGCGCUGACUUUUCUAAAGCCAUGGCCACUGACGCCAAGACUCCGCAGCAGUAUGAACAUUCAUUCCAUUUCAAAUAUUUGCACUACUAUCUGACCACAGCAAUCCAGCUGCUGAGGAAGGAGAUCACCACGGAGAAUGACACUCUCUGUUAUGAAGUCCACCAUGAGAUGAAAGAUGUCCACUUCAAAACCUACAUAGGUGCCACCAUUAGGUUUGGCCAAUUCCUCUCCACGCGCCUCCUAAAAGAAGAGGCACAGAAGUUUGGGAACCAGACACUAUUUACUAUAUAUACCUGCCUGGGUGCACCUGUACAAGACUUCUCCCUCAAGAAGGAAGUCCUGAUCCCUCCCUAUGAGUUGUUUAAAGUCGUAAAUACGAGCUACCACCCAAGAGGAAAUUGGUUACAAUUGAGGUCAACUGGGAACCUGAGCACAUAUAACUGUCAGCUGCUAAAAGGUACUCUUGAUCUAAAUUAA